UAAACCAAUAUGGCUGGAAUUUGACAGCUAAGUUUUUAGUAUAUAAACAUUGAGUCGGCCUGUGAUAUAAAUUACGAAAAAAUUCAACAAAUCGAAGAAAAUCCCUGACAAACAUGAAUGAAUCCAAAAGAAAUGAAGACAUUUUGAAAGCAGUUAAUUAUGAAUUACUCGUAUUCGCUGAUAGCUUAGUGCCAUCCAAAACGUUUAAAACGGUUGCAAACAAAGCAUUCCAGGAUAUCACUGAAAGCAUUAGGCGAGAUCCAGCGUUUUCUGUUAACCGUUGCAUUCUCGCUGGUAGUAUCGGGAAGAGCACUUCGGUAUUGUUUCCUGACAUUGAUGCAGUCGUUCUACUAAACAACACGCAACAUCCAUUAACGGAUGAGAUCGAAGCCAUCAUGGAUUUACUGAAAAUAAAAGCGUCUGAAUUUGGCAUUGAACCGAGCAGUAUUACGAGGAGCUCCAAAACAGUCAAAUUACAAUUCAAGUGUGGCAUAGAAAUGGAUUUACUACCUGCCUGCCAAUUUUCACAGGACAUGUACUCGCAAUAUUUGCAGGUACUUGAUUGCAUCAAGUCAUAUCCGGAGAAUUUCUACAUGUACAGCAGCAGUCUUGCUGAGAUUCAGACGCAAUUUUUGAAAAAUCAAUCAGGACCCGCACAUCAAACGAUUAGACUGUUAAAGUAUUGGUUUAAAGGCUUGUCCCUAGAUGUCGAGAUUAAUGGUGGAAGUUAUCUAAUGGAAAUACUUUGCGCGGUUGUGUUUUAUGAGACUGACACCCCAAAAUCGUUGGUUCAAAAUUUUAAGGGGGCACUUGAGAAAGUCGCCAACAUUGAUUCGUUGAAGGUAGCUUUUUUACUGGAAAAAACUAAGGACGAGAAAUUGCGAUGGAAGCUACUUAAAACUGAUCAAGAGCUAGAACAGCAUAAAGAUGUGUUCAGUCCAUUGAUUUUGCAGAGACCUCAUUUCAUUAUCGACCCGUCCAACCCUUUUAACGAUCUACUGAAUCCAAAAAAUUUGACGGCGAAGGUUGUUUCCCGGUUAAAAGAAUGUGCUCAGGAAAUGCUUCGACGAGUGGAAUUGUUGGAUUCAAUUGAAAGUAAUCAUCUAAAAACUGUUGGACCUACAAUUGCUCCAGAUACUGGCUAUCCUAAUGUCAAGCUUUUUAUUGAUAAAAUUUUCGUACCACAUGCAAUGUCUUAUGCUCAGUGUGAGGAAUUACCAGAUGAAAUAGUAGUCCAUGUGGAUUUUAAGUACAAAACUCUUCCGAAAUCCACUGAUCCCAGAAGUUCGAGUUUCUUUGUUGAGAAUAAGGAAGCAAAAAAGGUCAGCAGAACCAUUUUGAACAAUCUGUUCUUCUUGAUAAGAAAUAAGGCACGAGUCGAUGUGUUCGAAAGAGUUCGAAAACGGCAGAAAGACAGCGGAUCGGUUAAGAAGUACGUUUAUGGCAAUGGCAUUCCUGAUGUUGAGAAUGUCAAUGAUGUGGAAGAAGCAGUUGAAACAUUAUUGCAAGAACUUAAUGUUAAAGUUCGGUACAGCUCUGACACAAAAGAUCAUGAAAGCUGUGACGUUACGUUGUACGUUCCGUUUACUUGCGAUAAAAAUAAUUUCGCUCUGCGUUUUAGCAUGAAAUGGAAAGACGAAUUGGGGGAGGAAACUAAAAUUUUGAAUGAAAAGCCUAGGUUUAAUAACUUGGUAUUAGCGUCGCUAUCCAUUGGUGCUAUAACAAUUAUGGUGGUUAUCGGUAGUCGAUCUUUAUUUCUCUGUAAAUAAAGACAAACUAAUGUUGAAGUCUAUGCCGGUCGCAUAGCAAUCAAAUUGAUUCGUGUGAUCGCAGUGGUUUUAGAAGAACAAAAUGUAAAGAUUGUGGAUUUGAGAAAGGUUCUGAAAGAACAGGUUAAGACUACUCUGAGUCGAUCACGAGGGCGGUGACACACAAAUGCGAAGUUUAUAUGAAAAAAUACAAAUUGACAAAAGCAAAAUUCUGAAUUUUCGAGAAAAAUAUUUUCUUUAAGUUGAUUUCUCCCAAUAAAAUU